GCACUUGCCUCAGAUUACUACAUUUCCAGAGCCUGGCAGGUAGUGAGCAUCGACAAAGUGUUCCGCUGGAAGGCUGCAUGCAGACAACUUUUCCAGACAACUUGCUGCAGCAAACAACAACAAACCAACCGACGCAACAGUUCGUAAUGUUAUUGAAUGGAAUACUUAUUUCACAAAUGCGAACAUUGAGGGAAAGGGCCUAUUUUCAGAUGUGUUUCCAUGCGCUAGUCUUGUGUGUGUACAACUAACCGAGUGAAAGCGCAGAAGUGGCCCUAAGUGGCUGACUUUAGGAGGUCACUCAGUCAUCAUGGCUUAUCCUCAGGGCUUUCUCUUCCAACCGUCGGUUUCUCUGGCUCUCCAUUCCUGUCCCCCGUUCAGUUCCAGUGUGAUUUUAGGAAGACCGAGGACAGAUGAAAUGGGCCGGCCGUCUUCAGGCUCAGCCUUCGCGCCGUACGCAGGAUCACCGGCUUUCAAUGGCUCAUCGCCUGGCUUCAACUCUUACCUUCAGUACAGCGGAGAGCAGAGGGCAGCAAUGAACUCGUUUGUGGGCUCCGCGUAUGAUCCUUCAGCGGGCAUUACUGGCUCUUUAGAAUAUCACCCGUUUGGUGGUGCAUUGGGCCCAUAUCCAUACGGCGACCCUGCAUACAGGAAAAAUGCUACACGGGAUGCGACUUCCACUCUCAAAGCGUGGCUCAAUGAACAUCGCAAAAACCCUUAUCCCACCAAAGGCGAGAAAAUCAUGCUGGCAAUCAUCACCAAGAUGACCCUUACCCAAGUGUCCACCUGGUUCGCCAACGCCAGAAGGCGUUUGAAGAAAGAGAACAAAAUGACGUGGAACCCGAGAAAUAGAAGUGAGGAUGAGGAAGAGGAUGACAACAUUGACCUGGAGAAGAAUGACGACGACGAUGAGCCACUCAAGCCCACAACAGAAAUUGGGUCGAAAAAUGAAGCAGAUGGACAUCAUCCAAAUCCAGUGGGAAUCUCCUGUGAGAAAUACAAAGAGGACAAUAGUAGCAAUGACAUGGAACCUGUCUUAACUGAUUCGGAUUUAAAGGAAAACGGGGACAGGAGCGUGCCCGAGAUGCUGGGGCCCACUAUCACAGCAUCCCCCCAAAACUUGCACCUUGGAGCGGAGAGGGAUUCAGACUCGGCGGACACGCCAGGUCCACCUGCACCGAGGCGUAAUGACACAGGCAACUCCAGCAAUGCCACGUCAGUGAUUGACUCGCCCCUUCCAGCCCCAAAACCAAAACUGUGGUCGCUCGCGGAGAUUGCAACUUCUUCGGACAAAUGUAAAGGAUGUAGCGAUGGUGCUCAGAACGUGCCCGGACAAUUACGCACAGAGAUUCCGGCCCGUCUGUCAUCUCCACCGCGAGCCGCUCCUCAUAAUCUUUUCCCUCACAGCGCAGCUCUCUCAAGACAUGUCUAUUAUACAUCUCCCUUUUUCCAGGGUUACUCGAACUAUCAUGGCACUUUUGGACAGCUGCACAGCCCCGGAUCCAACGUGGGGUCAGCGACACAUUUAAAUGGAUUACAUCAAACUAUGUUACACAGAGCCGAGGCACUGGCAAGAGACAGCAAAGCCAGGAGCCAAACACAGAUAGAUAUUUGUAAAGACUUGAGAUAUGAACUUAAGAAAGGUAUGACACAUGUUUAGUAGCCUGUGUGCUAUUUGGUAAGCUAUAGGCUCUAUAUAAACAUUUAUUUAUUAUCGAACUGGGAAAAUAAAGGAUAUUUUCAGUGGGGAAAUGGAAACAUUGAAAAUUAGUAUUAUUGUGAGUCCCUAAAAAGGCAACAAACGAUUAUUUAGGAAUAUGAAUAUUGAAUUAUUAAAUUUUGUAUUUUUUAAAGGAUCAUGUUUAAUAUCUGAAGAAAGUAAAGUGCAUUCCUUUGUCAAAACGCGUGGUGAAUAAUUAAUUAUUAAAGAAUAGUUUUAUUGAAGUCUUUUUGAGAAGAAAAGCGUGUUACUCUGUCAUUUAUAUUUAACUUUGGUCGUUCGUUAUGCAAACAAUAUCUUAUUUUUAUCAGGUUCAUUUCAUAUAGCAUGGCUGCAAUGUUUGACAUCUGUGCCUUGUCAAAUAACCACAGCCAUGUUAUUUAUGCACACAACUCCACACAGAAAGUUGCCAAUGCCGGCAAAAGUAUUGGAUUAAAAAACGAGGCAUUAUUGUAUUAACUGCAUUAUCACAGUACCAUUCCAAUAAGCAAUGUGUAUGUAUUUCAAUAAGGAUAAAUCAUUCUUAAAAUUCCCCCUGCAUGUAGCCAGGCUAGAUUUUAGUAGCAAUUACUUGAAGCAACUGUGGAAAUGUAGACCUAAUCCCCAUAUAUCAGAAAUGCUCUAGUCUGUUUUGAUUUUUUAUUUACUUUAAAGUUGAGCGGAGAGGAAAUUAAAUAUGAUCACACCACAAAUAUAUUUAUCGUAAACCAGGCCUAUCUGGGUUUUGAAAAUAUUAACAGUUAAGAAGCUUACAUUUUCCGAGGCCAUCUUGAAGGAAUUAAGUGUGUACGUUCGAAUAUGUUAUCCUGAAAGAGGGGAUUUCUCUUGAUCCUGCAAUUGCAAGAGCCAAACAGCAACAAAACAUGCAGAGAAGGGUGAGAAAAGCGUAUCACUGUGUACUAAACUCAGUGCAUUAAGUGCACAAUGACUUAAAAGGCUAUGUAAAUCCCUAAGGUAUUUAAAGCAAUUUCAUGUUUUCUAUGUUGCAGUGAUUUUUCGUGGCUUUCUGCUUUCUCAAAAGCCUCUUGCUAUUGAAGUCCUUUUUAAAACGGAUAACUAACAGAGAAAGUGUGUAUGAAACAUCAUUAAAUUGUGUCAAUGGA